AUGUUCGUUUACAAGCGAGAUGGACGCAAAGAACGCGUGCAGUUCGAUAAGAUCACUGCUCGUGUUUCCAGACUUUGUUAUGGCCUUGACCCUGAGCAUGUCGACGCUGCGGCUAUCACACAAAAGGUCAUCUCUGGUGUGUACCAGGGUGUCACCACUAUUGAGCUGGACAACCUGGCUGCCGAGACUGCUGCUUACAUGACCGUCACACACCCUGACUACGCCAUUUUGGCAGCUCGUAUCGCUGUUUCCAAUCUCCACAAGCAGACGAAGAAGCAGUUCUCCAUGGUCAUCGACGACCUCUACCACUAUGUCAACCCCAAAAACAACAAGCCUGCCCCUAUGAUCUCAAAGGAUGUAUACGAGAUAGUGAUGAAGCAUGCCGAGGAGCUCAACUCCGCCAUUGUCUACGACCGUGAUUUCAACUACAACUUCUUCGGAUUCAAGACUCUGGAGCGUUCAUACCUUCUCCGUAUCAACGGCAACGUUGCCGAGCGGCCCCAGCAUCUCCUGAUGCGCGUUGCUGUUGGAAUUCACGGUGAAGAUAUCGAGAAGGCUAUUGAGACAUAUCACUUGAUGUCCCAGAAGUACUUCACUCACGCUUCUCCCACUUUGUUCAACGCGGCUACUCCUCAGCCUCAGCUUGCUUCUUGCUUCUUGGUGGACAUGAAAGAGGACAGCAUUGACGGUAUCUACGAUACUCUCAAGACCUGUGCUAUGAUUUCCAAGACUGCUGGUGGAAUUGGUCUCAAUGUUCACCGCAUUCGUGCCACUGGCUCUUACAUUGGUGGAACCAAUGGUUCCUCCAACGGCAUUGUGCCCAUGCUCCGAGUGUUCAACAACACUGCCCGCUACGUUGACCAGGGUGGUAACAAGCGUCCUGGUGCGUUCGCCAUCUACCUCGAGCCCUGGCACGCCGACGUCUUCGAGUUCCUCGAUCUCCGCAAGAACCACGGCAAGGAGGAGAUUCGUGCUCGUGACCUGUUCUACGCCCUCUGGACACCCGAUCUCUUUAUGAAGCGUGUCGAGGCCAACGGCGACUGGACUCUGUUCUGCCCCAAUGAGGCUCCUGGCUUGGCUGACGUUUACGGUGAUGAGUUCGAUGCUCUGUACGAGCGCUAUGAGAAGGAAGGCCGUGGUCGCAAGACCAUCAAGGCUCAGAAGCUCUGGUACGCCAUUCUCGAGGCUCAGACUGAGACCGGUAACCCCUUCAUGCUCUACAAGGAUGCUUGCAACAAGAAGAGCAACCAGAAGAACUUGGGUACCAUCCGCAGCUCCAACCUGUGCACGGAGAUUGUCGAGUACAGUGCUCCCGAUGAGGUUGCUGUGUGUAACUUGGCUUCCCUGGCUCUUCCUUCCUUUGUGGAUGCCGCUCGUGGCGAGUAUGACUUUGGCAAGCUCCAUGAGGUUGUUCAAGUUCUCGUUCACAACCUGAACAAGAUCAUUGAUAUCAACUACUACCCUGUUCCCGAGGCCAAGAAGAGUAACUUCCGUCACCGUCCCAUUGCCCUCGGUGUCAACGGUCUGGCCGAUGCUUUCCUGGCUCUGCGUUUGCCGUUUGACUCCCCCGAGGCGAAGCAGCUGAACAUUCAGAUCUUCGAGACUAUCUACCACGGUGCCUUGACCGCUUCCGCCGACCUCGCGGCCAAGAACGGCCCCUAUGAGACCUACCCCGGCUCUCCCGUUUCUCAGGGUAUCCUGCAGUACGACAUGUGGGACCGCACUCCUACUGAUCUCUGGGAUUGGGCUUCUCUGAAGGCCCGCAUUGCCGAGGUUGGUGUGCGCAACAGUCUCCUAGUCGCUCCCAUGCCCACCGCCAGUACUUCGCAAAUCCUGGGCUUCAACGAGUGCUUCGAGCCCUACACCUCCAACAUCUACUCCCGCCGUGUCUUGGCUGGUGAGUUCCAGGUUGUCAACCCAUGGCUGCUCAAGGACCUUGUCGACCUCGGCCUGUGGUCCGACAACAUGAAGAACCGCAUCAUCGCCGAUGGUGGUUCCGUCCAGAACAUUCCCAACAUCCCGGCUGACAUCAAGUCCUUGUAUAAGACUGUGUGGGAGAUCUCGCAGCGCUCCAUCCUUCAGAUGGCCGCUGACCGUGGUGCUUUCAUUGACCAGUCCCAGUCCCUGAACAUUCACAUGAAGGAGCCUACCAUGGGCAAGAUCACCUCUAUGCACUUUGCCGGCUGGAAGAUGGGUCUGAAGACUGGCAUGUACUACCUCCGCACCAUGGCUGCCUCUGCUCCUAUCCAGUUCACUGUGGAUCAGGAGCAGCUCAAGGUUGAGGACACCAACGUCGCUCGUUCCAACAUUGCCCUGAAGAAGCGCGCUGGUGGUGGUGGUACCUCUGCUUACUCUGCCAUUCCCCGUACCGCCUCUGACGAGUCCCUUCCCGUCAAGAGCGCUGUCAGUGUGGAGACCUCUCGCACAUUUGUCGAGUCUGCUGCCCCAGCUGCUGCUACCCCUGCUGCCUCCAACGGCGCCGAGCAGGAGACUGGGGAAGCCGAGGCUGAGACUGAGGGCAAGUCCGAGGAAGACAUUUUCUCCGACAAGGUCCUCCAGUGCAGCAUCGAGAACAAGGAGGCUUGUAUCAUGUGCCAGGGUUAA